UGUAAGGGUUAAUUCAAACAUCUGCAACUGCGCAUGCGCGAUAACGUCUGCGUCCGUCACAACCUACGGUCACAACAUGGAUUCAGUUGGGGAUGCUGCAGAUGUAAACAAUACCCCUGCAGAAACUCCUUGUCAAAAGCAUGGACAAAAUAUACAUGAUUCAGAAGUUGAUAGACCAUAUGCAGGCCCUGCGAACGAUGGAAGACCAUUUAAUAACCUUCAGGAUUCAAGUAUACAGCCAAUGAUGAACCGAUUUGAAAUUUUACAACUAGAGUUUCAGGAUAGCCAGCUGUCACCUGCGCUACCUCUGCUUCCCUGCUUGGACAAAUCUAACUUUCUUUCUAACUCCAGUGUUUUUCAGGAAACAGAUUUAGAGUUUGUCCCUCUUCGGGGAAUCCCAGACUUCUCGGUUAUCCCUGAGAGAUGUUCAAGUAUUUCAGAUGAAGCAGUAACUGUUGAUUCUCAACUUCAAACUAGUAUUCAUGACCAGGCUACGAUUUCUGAGCAUCCUUUGGAGGUCCCAACAGCCUUGUCAGAGGGUGAAAAUAGUUCCUGUUCACUGUCCCAGCACAGCCUGUCGCAUAAUGACCAUUCUAGAGGACUUGGAAAUCAAAGUAGUGUAUUGUAUAGUAAUGAGUACAAAAUCAACAGACAUAUGGAAGGAGAGGAGCAGACCGCUGCUCAGCGGCUUAGUGAGGGGAUGCAUGCUCGGCCUUUAUUAGAGCUUAGAGAAGAGGACAUUAGUGUGGCUGUUAGCAACAGUAGUGCCAUUUCUUCUCCAUCUGAACCAGGAUCAAAUCAUCAGAACACUCAGAAAAUCCAGACAAGUCCCUCCAAUCUUCAAGCAGACCGAGAGCAGCCACAAGGGGGCUCACUGUCGUUGACAUCUUCAUUUCAGAAGGCUACAGUUUCGACAGCUCGCUCAGAUGUGUCAAAUAUAACGUUUCGUGAUUCACAGAUGGAUACACACCAAACAGCAGAUCAUCUCCACGAUCAACUUCUGACUGCAAGUGGCUCCUUGUCUGCACCAGCAAGUAGGCUCCAUGGUGGGAACAAAAGUUCUGACAGUGCACAAUCUUUCACCAUAGCUGGUGAAGAUCUGAUACAUGUUCCAGGUCUGCAGAGAGCUCUUUUGAGCUCUGGUGGUCGUUUAAUCGGAGCAGAUGGCUCAUUCUUGAGCUCUCAGCCUGUGUUUCAGUCAACACCAGCAGUACCUCCCACGAGACCCCUACCUGCAUUGACUAAACCAUCUCUCAUACACUCCAAACAAAAGGCUGUUGCCUCUGCAGCUACGUUACCUCAAAGCAACCAGUCCAGAACUGGCUUGAUGCCAUUAUUGGAUCUAAGCGACCAACAUUCCUCUUCUAUGUACUCUCAAACAACAUCUAGCAAACCACCAAAGACUGAGCAAACAGUCUCGCAUGCCCAUUCUGUCUCAAACGAACACAUUUCUCCGGCCGUUUUAAAUCCAACAGCCGCUGACACAUCUCGCUCGGACACUCAGCUUUUUUACUCCAGUACAGAGAAGAAAGAUCAAGUUUCUCAUUUGGCUCUUGGGAGAGUACAGUCUCUUCCCAGUCUCAGCUACUUACAAAAAGUAGAUGCCUGGAAAGCCAAUCAGAGUUCGAGCAGAUCGUUUUGUGAUAAUUUGGCCCUGCAAGGAGUUGAUGGUGUGUCACUAAAGAAGAAAGCGCAGGAUGUGGGAUCUGAUAUAUUUAACCAAAUGGAUUCUCGGGACAAGCAUCAGGCACUUUGUAUGAAUGCCAGCUCGCAAUCGAUUCAGCAACUUUCCUCGUCUCAUUCCGGAAGCGUCUCACCUCGUCGUGUUGAUGAAGCUGGGGCAAGUGUGUGUAAAGGACAGGCAUCCGAUUCACCUGUAAUUCGCUCACAAUCUCACUCCUCCCUGAGCUCUGUGGUGACCUCAAUUCAGAGAGACACAGGCACACUCAGCAAGCAAGCCCCAUUAACGCAAUCUAAAGAUGUUCCGGCCACCAAUCAGUCUUCCUUAAUUUCAGGUGGAAGUAAUGAAGGGAUGAAUACUUCAGCCGCUCACAUGGACACAAACGCCAUCAAGAUGUCUCCUUUCCUCAGUCUUGGUCGCUUUAGUGAUGUGUCCUCGAGCGUCAACCUGAGCAGCACUCUCUCCAGCUCUCAAGGCAGUUACCAUGGCGAGCAGAGUAUGCGGGCAUCAGUGGGAGCUGCGUCUUCUGUAGUAAGUCUUGAGGUGGAUAAUUACGCCCCUUAUUGGACCUCCAGACCUACUUCUCCUCCACACACAAGGGAGUUCAACAUUGAAGACAGAAUCCCGCUCUACCUCCUAAAUUUGGGUAUCGACCAAUCACCUUCUACAAUCCUAAAUCCCUUUACUCGUCGUGGACCAAUCAGAGAGCCUGAAUUCUCUCCUACUGACUUAUGCACCAUCAAAGGCUCCAUAGGAACACCAACCAAAAGCACACAACCAUCUGAAGUGGACAGUCUUCAGAAGGAGACAUUCUCCAGCUCUAGUCAACACUCAACUGAAUCCAGCGCUUCUGUCUCACACCACCUGUCAGUGCAUGAGCUAAGCCAGCCAGCCACUGACAGCAGUGUAAAGGUGAUAUUAACCCAGGCAGAUGCUGCACAGCUUCAGUCAACAUCACAUCCUUCAACAACCCUACAACAAUCUGAUGCUGCAGAAAGUGAAAGGAGCUUUAGUUUGCCAGUCCCAGAAUCAGGGCCUAGAGAAGUGGUAAAAGCGGAUGAUGACUCUCUUGUGGGUUCUGGCACACUGCAUGAAAUCAGGCGUUUGCUGGGCCGAGCAGAAAGCCUGGUAUCCGGUCGAUCAUCAUUAACAUCCUCCCCUGGUUCACACCGCUUAUCGGAAAGUGACACGUCGCUUGUUUCGCUAGGACGAAACGCUCGAGGUUAUCACACUGACACAUCUCUGUCAGCUGGUGGGAACCUUUCUCUACUGCUGACCCGCUCUUCAUCAGACUCUGCUUUGAAAGGAAGCUUGUCAUCUUCCCAGGGUCCACAGCAUAUUGACCUGACAACUGUAAAGCCUGCUGCUCUCUCUUUAAGCAGAGAGGAAAGUUUGAAGGCACGUGACCUCCGUGUGACCCCAAGGCGGGCUGAACCUGAGGGCUGCAGCGCUGCAGACCCAGAUAAGGGAAAACCGACUACAACCACAUCUGGCACACAGAUCAAUCUCCCUUCGAUUGCAGUGAGUGUUCCACAGAAUGAGGAGGACACGUCUGAGGAUGCUCCGAUUGGCUCCUCGGAGAAUAGUUUGUCUCAUGUCUCUGCCGAGGCUGAAAGCUUGAGUGACAGCAGCAGCGAAAGUUCAUUGGCUGCCAGAGUUGCCAAACUCCUUCAGAGUGAGUCGCCUGUUUCUAUGGUUACAAGCCGACCAAGCACAGCUGACCCAGAAGAUAGUCGUGCGCGAGAAUGGAUCCUGAUGAAGGUUUCUGGUCGUCGGUGUGAAAGUUUAGAGUUAAACACUGAGGACAGAAAGAGAAUUGAAGAAAUUAAACGAGAGCUUCUGCUGAACACCAAAUACACCAAGUGGAGCUCAGAUUCCGAGGGCAGUGCACAGUCAAGUAUUGGCCUUGAAUCUCAGCAGACAAAGGGUUAUGUUGGACUGCGUAACAUGGAGAAUCGUCUCUCAGAUCAGCUGCAGAAAGCCCCUUCAAAUCCUUUGAGCACAGUUCAGGAUCUUGAAGCCAAAGUACAUGAGAUCGCUCUUAGAGAAGGCUUUAGCACCAAGCCCUUUACUUCUAUUACUAUAUCAACCACUCGCCGUACUCCAUCUCCACAGUCACCACCACACAGUCCGGUCACAGGUACCCUGAAAAUAACUAAUGUUGGUUCAGCCAAUGAGACGCCUGCUGGAACUAAAGACUCUGACAGAGAAAAAGAAACAGAAGGACAGCAUAUUGACGAGAAGAAAACAACUGAGGAUAAACAAGAGAACACAAUUACAGAUAAAGCCCAGAGAAUGUCUCACAUCGAUUAUAAUGUCACAAGCUCAACCUUCAAUAACAAGUCCCACCUCUCUCACAUACAUGUCACCUUAUCACCUAAACCCAAAAAUCAGAUUCGUUUUGAGAAAUCCACUCAAAACAUCAGUCAAGAUGUCGCGCUUCAAAGACCCAUAGUGCCAAGCGUGGCUGAUCCACAACUGGAGCCCAUGCACAGAAUCUCAACAUUAAAUCAUGUCAGUUCAUAUGAAUACAGAGAACGGGUUCAAGGCCAGAACACAGGAAGAGUCAGUGCACGCUUUCCAGCCAGACACACACAAUCCUCUGCUCCCUCUAACAGGCUGGACAUGAAAUCCAGAACUCUCUCUGGUCAAACUGCAUACGGCACAGCAGCUGUGCCCACACUGCUGCCAUACAAACCUCAUGGAAGCUCCGAGCUGUUCUACAUGCCGCAGGUUGAUCCAGAACUUUCUCCUGGUCGCUCUGACACAACUGUGGAAAGUUCUCACCCAGAUUCUGAUGAUGCUGUUCCUCCUCACUUCAAUAAAGACAUUUUAGGCUCUAGAGAGCAAGAAGACAACACAAUUACACCAAAGCACAAGGAAGGCAUCUACAGUAAGAGGACCAAUAUGAACAAAGUUUCCAGUGGAGAUUGUCCUCCAAAAUCAGCAAGCACUUUUGUCAGUACCGCUCCCGAAGUCUCAAAGAAGAACAUGGAGACUGUUGGCAUAGAUGCAGAGUAUAACGAUAAGGAAGACCAUUUUGUCCCCCUGAACAUGGAGGCAGACAACAGUAUGGACCAUGUCCAUUUUCAUAACAGCACCACACAGGAGCCUAAAAUACCUCGAGAACCACACUACUCAUCUUCUCAGCCAAACAGAAGACCCUACAGGGGGAACAAGAAAGGGAAGGACAGAACACCUCAUGAUGUUAGCCUGGAGAUCACAAGUUCGCUAGACCAGCUGUGGCGUCGCUUUAAUGAAAAAUGGAGCACAGAGGAGUCCCGAUCCAUCAAUGACGGAGAGACGUCUCUGCUAGAUAGACUGGAGCGCUUGUCUCGUCUCAUUCACAACACCACUCCAACAGACCAUAGUGUUCAGCAGUCAUCAGACAGUGGCAAUGGAGAGUAUGACAGGAUGAGAAACCAAGAAGAAGAAGAGCAAAGAGAAAGAGUGCAGUUAAAAGCGCCUCCAAAGCAUGCGUGGGUUCAGGAUGAAGGACAAGGCAAAGUGCAUCUCUGUCCUGCUGAGAGAGACGAGUCUGUGGAGACCAGCAGUAGUGUUUCCACUGUGGACACAGAGAGACUGCAGAGAGCUUUUGGAGCUCACAGAGUCGCACGUGAAGGAAUGAAAAGCGACGGCAGCUUGCUCAGACUUUACAACAGCAUCAACGCAAAGAAAACAAGUCGAAGGAAACCAAGUACUAAAGAUGCUGCAGUCUCUGUCACAACAGACAAUACAGAUGACUCCACAGUCUCUGCUGGCUCUUUAUCAUCUUCAAGCACUUCAUUCCACCAUUCUCAAAGAGGCGUCUACAGCCUUAAAACCAAAAAGUCAAAAGUCAAACUGGUCAGCAAAAGUGUGCAGGCAGGUGAUUUGGAGAUUGUGAUAAACGGCACACGAAAGCACACUCGAGAUGUAGGCACCGUAUUUCCCUCUCCAGGUGCUUUCAAAAAUGUCUCUUCAUCAAACAAAUUUGGCAGUGGCCUUCAGAAUGGUAUUCCCAUCCCUACUGCCUCCACAGCUAAACCAAUCCAAACAGCUCUGAAGAGAGACUCCAGCAAUAAGAGUGUGCGGACACGUUACCCGCAUGGUGUGUCAUGGUUUGUUUCUGCUGAUGAGCUGAAGUUUGACGGCCGCAAGGAAAACCAGCCACAGAACGAGUCAGAACCUUCCAUAAGCCAAGCCUGGUUUGAGCCUUACAGCAGGACUCGACCUUGGAGAGAAUCGAGCAGAGAACCGUUAAGGGAGAGACAGAAUCAGCAAGAGCAGGAGAGGCAGACAGAAACCAGAACAGCGAUGGAGACGGACAUCAGUGACAAAACCUCAGCUCUUGUUCGUCUUUCACUGCAGGAAGCUCUGGAGCUCCAUCGGCCAGAGUUUGUGUCUCGCUCUCGGGAGCGAAUGAAGCGGCUGGGGUUGCUGGUUGAGGAACGGAGGUUACAGGCCAUUUUCAACAGAGAGAGAGAAGAGCUCUUCAACUUCCCCGCACCAUCACGGCCACUCAGAGCAGCUCCAGUACCCCGUAAACGAGUCGUUCCAAGAAAAGAGAUGGUCCAAAGGUCCAGAGAGAAAUACGCUAAACUUCCUGAGGUCCAGAAGAGAAGAGAAGAGGAAAAGAGACGGGCAGAGUAUCGCUCAUACCGCCUCACUGCUCAGCUCUUUAACAAGAAAGUCACCAAUCGUGUGUUGGGAAGGCGAGCACCCUGGCAGUGAUCUUAACUAAUAAUCUACUCGAAAUUACAGAAAGCCUUAGUAUUUUUUAAUGUGUCUGGUCCUUCAGCUGUUUUAUAUGAGGUCAUGUUUUAUAAUGAAUGUGUGACGUUAUAUACGUGCUCUUUCUUAUUUUAGACGGAAUAUAGUUGUGAAUGUGUAUUAUUUAUGAAGUUGCAGUUUUAUUUGGAUUUUAUAUAAACGCAAGUCGGAUUUUAUAAUGUCUGUUUUGUUGUUAUAAUACUUUUUUUACAAAGCAAAUAAAUGAGCAGAGAUUUGUAAGA